GGGAAGGAGGGGAGGGGGCUGUUGAAUGCCUAGAACUGGAAGCUGGAGUCCGUCUGGACACGGCCACUUUCAGCCCAGACAAGCUUUAGUCUGUGACCCACUGCCAGCAGAACCAAGCAACACGUGUGGAGUCCAGUCUGCAGGUCUUAGUAAACCUGGAUCAGAACCAGGAAGGAGCCAUGGCCUCAGUCAGCGAUCACACGGAUCCUGAUGGACCUGAUGUCAAAGCUGUCCAGUCUCAGUACCUGCGCUGCCCCUCCCCCAGUUUCUCCAUGUUGUCAGAGUCCAGGUUCUCUGCGAUCUCUGGCUCUGACAGCAUCCUGAUGGAGCCCAUCCAUCUUUCAUCUGCUGUCGCUGCCAAGAAGAUCAUCAGUGAGGAGCUGCCGCCUCGUGGGCUUCGCACGGAGUCCAUCCCAGAGUCCAUGUUAGAACGUGCGGAGCAGCUGAUGGUGGAGGACCUCUACAACCGGGUCAGGGACAUGAUCGAUGACCGCAGCCCCUACAACACCCCGUGUGUGCUGGACAUUCAAAGGGCGCUGGUGCAGGACCACGUGGAAGCUCCCAUCAACCCUGUGGAUGAGGUGUGGCCCAACAUCUACAUAGCAGAAAAAUCAGUUGCUCUUAACACGGCUCGUCUCAAGCGGAUGGGCAUUACCCACAUCCUUAACACUGCCCACGGCACAGGCGUCUACACCGGGGAGUCUUUCUACGCGGGCAUGAACAUUCAGUACAUGGGCAUCGAGGUGGACGACUUUCCAGACGCCGACAUGUCGGUUCACUUCAGGCCGACGGCCGAGUUCCUGGACGAGGCUCUGCUGACGCACAAAGGGAAGGUUCUGCUGGUUUCUGUGAUGGGCGUCAGUCGCUCUGCUGUCCUGGUGGCUUCCUAUUUGAUGAUCUUCCACCACAUGACCAUCAUGGAGGCCUUAACCUCCAUUAGGAAGAAACGUGCCAUCAACCCAAAUGAAGGCUUCUUAAAGCAGCUACGAGAGCUCAAUGAAAACCUUUUGGAGGAGCAUGACGAUGACGAAACCCUCAGCCAGUGUUCAGUUAUCGAUGCUCGCACCCGCACUCGCCUGUUUGGAGAUGGUGGAGAUGAUGAUGAGGAGGAGGAUGCUGAUACCUCGGAGGGGCAGAGCAUGACGGAGGUGAAAGCACACUCCAUCAUGAUGGAGGAGGAGGAGGAUGGAGGAAGCGUGAUGAGCAGUGUUGCCUCUUCUGCAGCAGCUGCAGCACUUAGAAGUGGUUUGGUAGCAAGCAAUGGGCUGGAAGGCCAGGGAUCAGCAGGAGUUCAAGAAGAUUUUGUUCUACCUGAUCAGGAGCUCGGACGAGAGGGCGACAAUGAAGAGGGCAUUGACAGCAUGAUUCGAGAAUGGCAGCGUCGGAAUGAGAAAUACCAAAGCGAGGAGUGGUGGGAGGCCCAGCUGAACAGUGACUGUGAGGACGGGGAGUCUCUGCCUGGUCUAUCCAAGAGCACAGAGCCCGAUGCGGAUGUGGACAGCGUCACCAGUGAAGACAUCCAAGGUAUAAGGGAGCGUCUGAAACGUCGCAAUCAGCGUCCCCCAUCUGAUGCCAUGUCGACCUCCAGCUGCAGAAGUUACUCAGAUCUCUGGAAACAGCGGCUGAAGGAGAUCGAGGAGCAAGCUGCCGCUCUCUAUCGAAAGAAGGAUGACGGUGAUGGCAGCGAGAGCACUGCUACCGGCACAGGCGGGGAAAGGAACGUUGAUGACGAGGUGGAGAGCAUCCUCUCGGAUGCCAGCUCCAUGUACAACUUCUGCCAGAAAAACAAGGAGACCCUGACUCCGCUGGAGCGCUGGCGUGUCAAGAGGAUCCAGUUUGGCUGGAACAAGAAGGACAGAGAGGAUGGAGAGCAAAGUUCUGUGGGCGAUGGAGAGACGGUCGACGGCAAAGGAGAAGCCAGGACAGCAUCAUUCCAGGACGUCAACCUCACUGCAUAUCAGGCCUGGAAGCUCAGGCAGCAGAAGCGUCUGGGAGAAGAGAAUGCAGAGGAAAUACUGGAGAUGAGUCGAGGGGAGAACUCUGCAAUCAUCAAAAGGAGACAACGGCGUGAGGAAAUCCUGGAGCGUUCAAAGAAGACUUUGGAAGAGAGUCAGUCUAUGUGCGGCUGGGAGACUGAGAGCUACAUCAGCGGAGGAACGGUACCGCUCUCUGCUUUCUGGGCUGGAGCUGGGGUCAUGACUCCCCAGAGUGUUAUCAACGACAACAUGUCAGUGGUUAGUGGCAGAUCCUCCGUCAUAUCUUCAGUUUCACAACCUCGCAGUUCAAGAUCAGCACAAUCUGCUGUCCUGCCCAACCCACUGUCUCCAGCUCCUCCCAUCCUCCCACUAGUUACUGCCCAGAACUCUGGUGAACCCAUGGUCAACCUGGCCAGCAUCCAAAACUGGAUCGCCAACGUAGUCUCUGAAACCAUUAAACAGAAGCAGAGUGAAAUGAACCGGGCCGGUUCUGAGAACGGCUUUGGAAUCGCACCGAGCGUGAUUUCUGGCUGGGGUCUGGAAGACGACAAGGCAUCCACGCUGAGCGGCGCCUCCAACAGCAGUGCACUGUCCCAGGCUCGGAGCAGGACCACAUCGGUCCUAUCCGGUGCUGGAUCAGGCAUCACGUCGGGUCUCAGCGGCAGAGCUUCAACAACAGUGGGUUCCACUCUGGGAUCCAAGAAAAACAAGAUCACCACCACCAGCGUUCCACUCUUCAGCCUCUUCCAGGACCAGGUGAACCUGAGCAAACUGGAUGCCAUGGACAAAGAGAUAAAGUCUGGAAUGAGGAACAAGAUGGCAACCUAUGAAAAGAAAAAGAUUCUUGAGGACAACAAGCGAAGCACAAUGUUCAAGAAGAAGAAACAGACUGAGGAUGAUGAUGAGCAGCAGCAAGAAAAAUUGAGGAAGGAGGAGGAGUUUCUGGAGGAGACAAAGAGAAAGGAGAAGCUUAAGAAGAACCAUGGCCUCUCUGGAUGCCUGAACCUCAACCGUGCCCUGGAGAGAGGAAAGGACACGAGCAUUGAUGACUGGCUGAAGAGUGUGAGGCCUCCUCCCAGGAAGUCGGCCUUAGGAGCACAGGACGCUCCAGACGAUCCAUGCGAUGAUCUGGAUGCAUCUGCUUCUGAAUUUGAUUUCUCAGGCCAGCGGGCAUCCGAUGAUGAUGAUGAUGAUGAUGAUGAUGAUGAAGAUAAAAACCCGUAUGUGUCCAGAUACAGAGCAGGGCUGUGCAAGGAUCUGUUAAGUGAAGACAGAAAGUAUGUCUGUAAUGGGUUCACAGAAUAUCAUGACUACAGGCAGACAGGGCGGUCCUAUGGAGCUUCUGAGGAGGACAGCUACACCCACUCCUCCAAAACCAAGUACGAUCACUAUUCACAAUUUAAAAGCAGUGAGAGGGAGAGAGGGAGGAGCAGAAGAGAGGGGGGCAGUGAUGAUGAGGAGGAAGAGGAUGUUGCCACCUUCAUAGCCCAGACUCGACAGAGAAUCCGAGCUCAGGCUGCUGCUGAGGCAGAGGAUGACGAGGUCCUUGCAGCUUGGAGAGCCCAGCAGGAGGCAAAGUCACAGAGUCAACAUGAGUCCUAGCAGAACCGAACCCUCCAACGCUGCUGGAUCACAGGCAGCUGCUAAAACAAGCACAUCCACUGAAUGACGAAGGGCUUUUAUUUGCACUAACAGAAACUGCCUUGUUUUACCUGCUGAUUAUUAUAAACUUUACGAAUACUUAUAUUUUAGUAUUAUUGUUGCAGGAUCCAAAUUUGUUAGGUUAACUGUAUUCCACAGCUCAACUAGUAAAACGUAUAUACAGUACAGCACUAUUGAAUGUAAAGCUGAACAUGUAUUUGGUACAUGAUUACUGCAUGAAAAAAAACACAUCAUCCCAUCAAAAAUGAAGUCACAUCUUAAAAUUUUGAUUAUUUUAUUAAUGAAUAAAUAUUCAGUUGAAUAAUGA